AUGGAACAUCUUGAGACCCAAGUGAGCGACCUGCGCUCGUUCCUGGCUCCGCAGUCAGCUGCCGCUCCAGGAUUGAGCCUGUCGACGCCAGCAGCCUAUUCUCCCAGUGGGCCUCUGUCGUCGCUUUCCGCCCUCGGAGACAAUUCCGCACCACAACCUACCUCACCACUCCCACUCGAGUCGUCGCACGGAGGCGGCACCACGUCCGCCAACACGACCACCUCCCAUGCCAAAAGAAGGGCAGAGCCAGAUGAGGAUGGUGAAGUGUCUGCCAAGCAGCAAAGGAGCAAGCGGAAUAGAUACACCUCGAUCGCCUGCAAUGAGUGCAAACGCCGCAAGAUCAAAUGCAACGGCCAGACGCCCUGUCACCGAUGUGGCAACCUCAACCUACAAUGUCUGUACGCGCCCAACUGCUGUCCCAACUUCAAGGACUCGGAUGAGUUCAGGGACAUGUCGGCCCAGGUGACUCGGCUGCAAGAACAGGUCGACAAUCUCUUCAGCGCCAUGAAUGCUCUUCGCCAGGAAACUUCAAGUCUGCGACUAGCCCCGAUUCACGAUCAUAUCCUGCCUCCGCCAGUAACCACAGGCAGUCCCUCACCCAUUCCCACCCUUCCUCCGCUGACCAGGCCUCGUCUUGGGUACCGUGUGCCAUCCUCAUUCCAUGGACCGACGAGCAUCGCCUUCACUGUCGAUGUAGCCAAGAGUACGCUCCACAGAAUGGGGUAUACCGACGUGGCUGAGGACAGCGUUUCUCAGCCUACAGAGCCAACACCGCAUCCAUCGCCGGCCCUAGCUCCCCUAGCAGCCCCUCCGCCACCGGCAUCCUCCUCUCCACCCUCAGCUGUCCCUCGUGAUCCUAUCCUGGAAUUCGACGAAGCAGAAAUGCUGCGGUUAUGUGAGCUACAUGAGGAAGAAGUUGGGGCCAUGUACCCUGUGAUACCCAUCGAGACUGUCAAACAACAUGCCCAAUCGCUUUGCCCAUGGUUUGCAACUGUGAAACUAAACUCCUCUGCCGCUCAGCAAAGUUUGCCGGACCUUAACGAUCAGAAAACAUUAGUCCUCAAGAUUGUCCUCUGCUGCGCCCUGGUGGUGGAGGAACACGGCAAUAGUGCGCGCGCCGCCCGCUUAUACGAGAGUAUACAGCCGAUCAUUGACCGAAUGCUCAUGAGUGAGCCGGCCGAUAUCGUCAAGUUACCGUUCUUAGCGCUGGUAGCCGGGUAUCGAUACUUGUCUAACGACGAGGUAUUGGCCUGGCGAGUGGUUGGGCAUGUAGGAAGGCUGUGUCUCGAGUUGGGUCUCCACCGAAGGGAAGGACUGCAAAAUAUCACCGAUCCAACGGUGAGAAGGAAUGCACUCCUGACCUUCUGGAGCGUCUAUGUUCUGGACCGGAGAUGGAGCUUCAGCACCGGGCUGCCGUUUGUGUAUCAUGAUGACAAGAUUGAUCCCGGGUUACCUAAGCCGGAAAUUUGGGAGUGGUAUGAGAGUGUGCCAGCUGAGAUCCAGACAGACCCAUCCGAUGGUGACAGGAUUGCUAUGCCUAGUGGUCCCACUGAUAAAGUUCAGCGGGUCCGCAUCUGGCUGUACACACCUGUGUUGCACAGCGCCACAAGCAUCGCCGAGAAUAUGCAACGGGCUGAGAAAGCAGUUGACCUUGCCAAACAAACAAUUCGGCUACUGGCACACAUCAACCAAACCACGAGUCUCUAUCGUCGCUGCCAGGUCUUCUACCACCAGUUCUUGACCUCAUCUAUUGCCGUUCUAUUUCUCGCUUCCACCCAUGCCCCUGUCGAGUUCAGCUCGCAUUGCCGGGUAGAGUUCUACAUGGCUCUCGACCUCGUACGGGACAUGUCCUCUAAAUCAUGGGUGUCCCACCGACUCUGGCGCACGAUACGGUCUCUCAAAGCCGUUGCACCUCGGCUCGGUCUCGAGGAAGACUUUGCUGCCUCGCCCCCGGCCACCAAGCCCUCCAACACCGGCUCUGCUGCUCAGUUACAUCGUCAUCAAAGCACGAGUGACUACAACCAAAGCAGGAGCCAUAGCAUCAGUCAAAGCAGCCCGCGGACUGCUGGCACAGUGCCCUCAGUCCGAGGGGUCGCUCAAAGCCAUAGUAGCAUGAGUCCGUUCAGUCCGCAGAUUAGGGGCAGCGAGAUGAGCCAUCACCCAAACUCAGCUGUUUCUACGCCUCAUCAACAGCAGAUGCACGUGGACGAACGGACUAAUGGCCUGAGAUUGCAAUCCGAAAUGUCGAGGAUCUACGAGGGCUAUGCAGGACUGGGUGUAAACGGGAGUGUGCCGACGACGGCAGGGAUGAGGAGUAUGAGCUUGGAAACCGGCGCAAUGUCUGCUGGUGAUUUGGGGUAUGGGAACAAUAUGCAUAUGGGUCAGGGACUCGGGCUUGUCCAGGGGGUCGUUGGACUGGGCGAUGAGAGCGUGUAUCAGCACAUCAAGGACAUGUUUUAG